AUGACCACCAUCGAUUUCUCUUUGCCUGACUUUGGGCUUCGCAUCUUCCGACGUUGGCCUAAAACCACCCAUAGCGGGCUUCUACCCAAGGCGUCAAGCUCCUCUCACUCGCUUGCAGGCCGUCAUGUGAUUCGCCCCACUCGUAGCUGCCCUACAGCCUCGCCCUCUGGUGAGCCACACCAGAAACGGUUACGGUCUGAUCCUCACGCACAUGCUCCCACUCAGGCAUUUGUCACUUCCACCACGAACGUGUCCACGCAUCAAGACCAUGUAGCUUCUCAUCUAGAUAGCUGGAUUGAAGAGUAUGAUGCCGGAAUAGACCCCCAAGAAAAGGCACGAAGAGUGUUGGAGCAGAGGCGCAAACGUCGCCAGGCCAUUCUAGCCAAAUUCAGCAGCUCACACAUCACAUCACCGCCUGACGACAACAUUGCCGAUUCGGCACCCACUUCUCCACAAGCAACUUCGAGCGCCCCUCAAAGCGUCUCGUUGAAGCCCAACGACCAAGCAACCUUGUUUCUGGUCAAGAGCAUCAACGCUGCCCAUAACGACACCAGCUCGGAACACGCCUCUGCCGCCGAGCUCGAACCUGAUGCUGAUCGUCAACAAGAGCUCGCUCGUCUCGAACAGCGGCGACACUCCAAGGACCAAGCGCGCUUCCAAGCAACCGAGCACGACCACCACUAUGAAAAGGUGGAAAUCACCGACGACCAAGAUGAUGACGAGCUCGACAUGUUUGCCUUGUCGGACCAUGACAAUGCCAACGAGUCUGUUGCAAAUAAGAAAACGACAAAUUUUGUUCGCAUUCUCAAGCGCGUCAACUCGACUGAACCUCCAUCCAUCAGCGCCACAGCCUUGCCCUUGCCGAAUUUGGCGGACACAAGCGGCGCAAACAUUUCCAGCAACUGGGACGACAGCGAUGGCUAUCUACGCACCAUCUUGGGUGAAACGCUAGAUGAGCGCUACCAGAUCUUUGCGCUGCUAGGCAAAGGCAUGUUUGCAUCCGUUGUGCGUGCACGCGAUCUGCGCGACAAUGCACGUCAAGUGGCCAUCAAGAUCAUCAGGGCGCAGGAGAGCAUGUACAAGGCUGGACUCAAGGAGCUCAGCAUCCUGCGAGACUUGAACCAUUCCGACCCGGACGACCGCAAGCAUCUGGUUCGUCUGGAGCGACAUUUUGACUACAAGGGCCAUCUAUGCAUGGUCUUUGAAUCGCUCGGCAUGAACUUGCGCGAACUUGUGCGCAGAUACGGUCGCGACGUUGGUCUCAACCUACAGGCAGUACGAACGUACGCGCACCAGCUCUUUCUGGCGCUUUCGCACCUUGCCAAGCAGUCGGUCAUCCACGCCGAUAUCAAGCCUGACAACGUAUUGGUCAACGACAACAAAACUUCGCUCAAGCUCUGCGAUCUUGGUUCCGCUUCGUUGCUCAGCGAGAUGGAGAUCACCCCUUACCUCGUCUCUCGCUUCUAUCGUGCUCCUGAAGUCAUCCUUGGGCAGGCGUACGACGGCUCGAUCGACGUAUGGUCAGUUGGCUGCACGCUCUACGAGCUGGCUACCGGCAAGAUCCUGUUUCCUGGCAGAACCAACAAUCAUAUGCUCCUUUUGAUGCAGCAGGUGCGUGGUCGCUUUACCACCAAGCAGAUCCGCAAGAGUCAGUUUGGCGAACAGCACUUUGACGAUGCUAACGCGUUCUUGUCGAUCGAGCCAGACAAGAAUACAGGCCUGAAUGUCGUGCGCAAAGUGAUGCUGCACAAGCCCACCUCGGAUCUGCGCUCGCGUUUGCUGUCCGCCGAUACGCUCAAGCUGCUCCAGCCGGAUGAGCUAAAGAUGUCGCAUCUUUUUGUAGAUUUCUUGGAACGCUGCCUAGAGCUGGAUCCUGCCAAACGCAUAAAGCCAAACGAGGCGCUCGAACACGCUUUUCUUGCGCACGUUUCCAAAUCCGCCUAG